CAGAUUUGCGGAUAACGCUCCGACAACAAACAAAAGAUCGAGGCUAGCUGAGCUCAUUAUACUUUGUCGAUCCGUCUACCCUAACGUUAGUUGUUACUUUGUUCACAACAACAACCGUCUCCUCUGUCUUUUAACUACUUUCUUUUGAGCCUGCGUGGCAGACAGUCUUCUUCUGGCGUCUCUAUUUGUGGCUUUGUGUCAGCUAAUGUCAACCUGAGCCAUUUCAGCGAUCGCUUUGCCUUUGCUGGCCAAGCUAAACGCGUUAGCCAGGUUAGCUACUCGGCUAACCAGCUCUGGCUGCCUCUCUACAACCAGCAAAGCCAGUUAGCUUAGCCUGCUAGCUAGCUAGCUUUGCUAAACCUCCCUUUAAAACUUGACUGACACAAGUGUCUCUGGCUUGUUGCUGACAAGCCAAUUUACUAAAACUCGUGUCGUAGCUAUGUCUGGACAGUCAUCGGGCUGUGGGUUUCUCAUGUCGGUUGUUGUCCACGGAGACUCGGCUCUGAACGAGCAGGAAAAGGAGCUCAACCAGCGACUCCGACUUCUCUAUCCAGCCGUUAAUGAAAAUGAGACUCCGCUUCCUCGGUCCUGGAGCCCGAAGGACAAGUUUAGCUACAUCGGACUGUCUCAGAACAACCUCCGUGUACACUAUAAAGGUCAUGGCAAAACCCCUAAAGAUGCAGCAUCUGUACGGGCCACUCAUCCCAUCCCAGCAGCCUGUGGGGUCUAUUACUUCGAGGUGAAGAUCAUCAGCAAAGGCCGAGAUGGGUACAUGGGCAUCGGCCUCUCAGCUCAGGGUGUAAACAUGAACAGACUCCCUGGUUGGGACAAGCACUCAUACGGUUACCACGGAGAUGAUGGACACUCCUUCUGCUCAUCUGGCACCGGGCAACCCUACGGACCAACGUUUACAACAGGCGACGUGAUUGGCUGCUGCGUUAACCUCAUCAACAACACCUGCUUCUACACAAAGAAUGGCCACAGCUUAGGUAUUGCCUUCACAGACCUACCACCUAACUUGUACCCGACCGUGGGCCUUCAGACUCCAGGGGAGGUGGUGGACGCAAACUUCGGCCAGCACCCCUUCGUGUUCGACAUUGAAGACUACAUGCGUGAGUGGAGGACAAAGAUCCAGGCCCAGAUAGACCGCUUCCCCAUUGGAGAGCGUGAGGGCGAAUGGCAGUCCAUGAUCCAGAAGAUGGUGGCUUCCUACCUGGUGCACCACAGCUAUUGUGCAACGGCUGAAGCCUUUGCCAAAUCCACAGACCAGGCCGUGCACGAGGAGCUGGCCUCCAUCAAAAACAGACAGAAGAUCCAGAAGCUGGUGUUGUCAGGUAGAAUGGGCGAGGCUAUCGAGACCACACAGCAGCUCUACCCCAACCUCCUGGAGAGGAACCCAGACCUUCUCUUCAUGCUCAAGGUGAGACAGUUCAUAGAGAUGGUGAAUGGGACAGACAGUGAGGUGAGAUGUCUGGGAGGUCGCAGCCCAAAGUCUCAGGACAGUUACCCCGGCUCCCCCCGGCCCUUCAGCAGCCCCAGCCACAAAGCCAGCAGCUCCCAGCCCUACAUCCCAGGGUUUGACAGCAACUGCUGUAAUGGUGUGACAUCUAAUAAGAGCCACAGCUCCUCCCCUCACAGUCACAAGCCCUGCCCCCCAGGUUCUGGCUCCACCCUCCCAGCGUCUGACAUUAGCCUCAACGGGAGCCGCAGCCAACAGCCCAUAACCAGUAGCGAUGUGGAUAUGGAGGUUGACCACUUCACUAACGGAGUGACAGAGUCUUCCUCCAAUGGUUUCCUCAACGGCAGCUCCAAACACACCACCGAACCCGACGACUGUGAUGCAGACAUGGAGGUGGAGUCCGCUCAGUCCAAGAGGCAGCUGUGCGGCGGGAGCCAGGCGGCCAUUGAGAGAAUGAUCCAUUUCGGCAGGGAGCUCCAGAGCAUGAGCGAACACCUCCGCCGCGAGUGUGGCAAGAACUCGGCCAACAAGAAGAUGCUUAAGGAUGCGUUCAGCCUGCUGGCCUACUCGGACCCCUGGAGCAGCCCAGUCGGCUACCAGCUGGACGCCAUUCAGAGAGAGCCGGUCUGCUCCACUCUCAACAGUGCAAUAUUAGAGACUCACAACCUGCCCAAGCAGCCCCCCCUGGCCCAGGCCGUAGGUCAGGCUGCCCAGUGCCUCGCCAUCAUGGCACGAACUGGCAGCGGCUCCUGCGCCUUCGCCUCUGUGGACGAUUACCUGCACUAGCCCUGUGUACACGCACACGCGCACACACACACACACACACACACAUUCACUCUCACUCUCUCUGAGGACUUGUCCAGAAAUUUCUCCCUCCACCUCCUCCAUCAGUGUAGUCAUAUUGGCUGAGGAGAGGCUUCUCUGCGCGAUAAGAAGUAGAAAGUCAACCACCUCACUCGCUUCUUGUUCGGCUUUCACCGAUCGACACAAACACCUCUGAGGACCCGGAGUAAUUUCUGGACAGAUCUUUAGAUUGCCGACACAUACCCAGACACACACAUUUAAAACACACAGACACACACCUCCCUCUCCAUCGUAAAUAUGAAACUACACCUCCUACAUGGUUGGCCUCACAAGCCCCCUCCUCCAGCCCUCCGAGGCUGCAUCUGCAUCAUACUGACUGACCGCGGGGACACCAGCCAUGAGUAGCCGACUUGAAAAUACUCGGAGAACUCUUAUGGACUCGCUGCAGAUACAAAGCCCCCGUAUACGUGGGGGCAUCAAGCCGGGGCGGACAGACUGAUCAACCCCUGGUCAAACAUAAAUGGAAAACUUAAGACAAAAACAACGAGAAAAGAAAGCCGACGUGUGACCGCCAUGGCCGACCUGGUGCACCAGACAAACGUGCGCACACACACACAAAACACACGCAAACACAGAGGCAGGCUGAUGCUAAAAACAGGAUUGAAAAGCCCAUCUCCACCGAGGCUUGUGGAGUCCUCAAACUCCAGCCAACGCAGGGCUCCAUUAGGGACAGACAGACUACCCCCCCCCCCCCCCCUUCACCCACUUCACCCCCUGCACUGCCUCCCCCCCCCCCCCCCCCACACACACACACACUCACUUCAGGACAUCGGCGGAGAUUUGUGUGACGCAUGUGGAGUUGGGACUUUGAAGAAGCCAGAGAAUCUACAGUCUCGACUCAAUGUUCCCUGUUUUUAAUCUUUUGUUUUGUUUUUUCGUGGGGUGGGGGGGUUACCUGGCUCUUGAUUUGGUUUUUAGUUUUUCCAGGUUUACAAGGCAUGGCGCAGAUGACGAUGAUUAUUAUUAUUAUUAUUAUGAUCAUCCUAAUUAUCAUUAUAUUAAUUAUUGUUACUUGCAUUCACAGUAUAUUUGUUGAGCGCCAGCAAGAGCAAGUUCCACCAAGUUAUUAUAAUAAAGGUCCCGAUUCCACCGAUUACCAGUGACGAGCGUGUGUACGUGUUAACGUUUAUAUAUGAAUUUAACAAAAUGGAAUUAUAUCAAUAGAGUGAGAUAUUUAGUUAUCAAAUGAAAGGAAAUCAUUGAAAAAAAAAAAAAAAAAACAACACAAUCCUUUAAUGAUUUGUACUGACACCAGUGAUCCUGAAGCGUGCUGGUUGUUCCUAGACUGUACAAGUUUUUAUGUUCCCGUUUUGUUGCCUCCAGGGUUCCUAUGCAGGUGGAAAGCUGAUAUAUUUGACCUUUUCUGGGUGUUAAAUUUUGGAAAACACAACUGCCCUGUAGUCCUGAAACAGAGCUUUAGAACUUUCAUUACACACAUUGUGGCAAUUACCAUGAAGUAAUUUUGGCUACAGCCUUGCUAAAUUUUGGCACUUAUGAAAUUCCUGAAAUGGAAACCCUGUGUAGGAAUCCUGAUUUACUUGUUACCCCCCUAAACCCCCAGCUGCACAGCCGGUUUGAUGCAAACAUUGUGAAUCUUUAUUUUCGUAUUGAUGUCUAUGCUUGUCCUUAACCCACAAAGAACUCAGGAGCCAAAAUGUCCCUCUGUUCCUCCUCGGUUUAAAACAGGAAGGUCCAACGAAGCAGCCGUCUGGCCCCGGGCCUCGAUUAUAGGUGGACUCGCGUUUUUUUUUUAGCGACUCCGCAGCGGGCUUUUCAGACUUGAACUCAGACCGGAAAACAAGCAACAGUAAAACUGAGCUGCAACCUCUAAAUGAGCUCUGCGUCUGAUUUAAUGUUGGAACUGAAAUUUGAAUUCUUCUCACUUUUGUGUAAGAAAAGAUAAUUAUGCAGCUAUUCACAUAUUUUUUUAUUUCAAUAGAGGAUAAGUGUUUUAUGGACAUAUUUGUGGCAACGGUGUCUAAACUUCAAGCCCCUGAGUGGACGUUUUCUCUCUUUAACAACUGAGAGCUGGCAUUGCUAGUGUUGUCCGGCAUUGACUCUCAGAGGAGGAGCGCUGGCUAACGUUGCCUGUCUCUAUAUCAUGGUUCCCGCAAUGGUGAUUGGUAAAAUGCUAAAUGACCACACCACAACGCAUCGCAAAUGAGUUACUGAGAUUCCAAUCUCGCAGUUACACACAGUCAACAUGGCGGGUGCUCAAACCACAGAUGGGUCUAAGCCAGUGGUUCCCAAACUUUUUUAAACUCCAACACCUCUUCAAAGCAACUUUUUAGCUUUCACUGAUUUUAGUGUUUUGUUAUUUUUUUUUGUUCAGCUCAGGUUCAGUCAGAUGUAUCAGCAUUUCUUUAAGCUCUGUUUACAGGGACAAAGCUUUUAUUUAUAUUUCAGUUGACACUUUUUUUUUGUUCUAGAAACUGUGAGCUUUUGUCACCAGCAUAACUUGUGUGCAAUUAGACAGAUUAAAAAAUGGAAAUGUAUCCCGCGGCACUCUUGGCCUGUCCACACCUUUAGGGUGUCUUUGUACCCAUUUUGGGAACCACUGGACAAAAAAAAACAAGUCCCCCCCCCCAAAAAAAAGCUGUUUAACCUGCCUGUGUUAUGGUUAUUGUCAAAUUACCAGGACUGACAUCAAUAGUCUGUACCGAACAUCGACUCCCCGCAGAGAACAGUAAUGUAGGGGGCACUAUCAUUGCAGAAAAAUAAGUAAAACUUAAAAUUUCUUAUUUUUGGGGAAUUAUUUAAAUUUGAGUUAAUGCUUUAAUGUUGGAUAGCGGAAGUGAAAUGUGUUGCUUGUUUUGUUUUAAGUUGACCAGAUAAUUUAAGUCAAACUAGCUCGGAUGCUGGUUUACCUUCAGUAAACCUCGACUUUGCGUUACUCCCUGGUAGCAUUUUGCUGUCUUGUUAUUUUUUUCUAAAGCUGCUGCUGCAUUCAGGUAUGAAAAACCCUCAAGUCCACUUGUCUCAAACUACCCAUCAUCCCCCAGAGGCGAGCUUCCUCUGCCCACUAGAUUUCAGUUCUGUUACCAGAUCCUUCUCUGGCCCCUUGUUUGUCAGUGCUCAAAGCAUCGACAAGGAAAAUACAACAGGAAAACCAUUUAAAAAAAAAAAAAAAAAACAUCCAGUAUUUUCAACUGCACUGUGGCUACCACAUUUACAAAAUAAAGAACCAAAUACUUUGAGAAGAUGACAUCGCAGCUGUGUGUUUUAAGCUCGCUUUUUGCAGAGAAACAGGACUGCCUAGGCUUUCUCUAGACACCACAUCCAUCUUUUCCUUUAGUUUUUCCAAGGGGAGCCCGGAGUUGACUCUUCUUCUCACAGUGAAACCGAGCUUUUCUGUACCUUGUUUCAUAUCUCUUUUUUUUUUUUUUUUUCCAGAUCGCAAGCAGUCAUGGCAUCGUUUAGAAAACUUCUUAGACAAAGUGUCUGUUGUCUCUUUCUGAGUAAGGUCUGAAACCUAUGCAUGCCAUAGUAAAGUGGUGGUAAGAUCAAGUUAGAUGUCUCUUAUUUUAUUCUUUUUUGUUUCUCCUUCUUUUAGCCAGUUCAGUGUAUAAGGAAGAUGUCAACCAGUAAGUUGUCCACUGCUGUGUCCGUUUGGAGAAAAAAAAGUGCAAUUUGUGUGAGGGUGAAAAGAUUUAUAUUAAAAAUGACAAAUGAUGA